AUGCUCGUCAAGAGCAAGGAGGAGCUCGCUCACCUGGACGACCUGGAGGAGACUUUUGCAACCCUGAGAAAACACCAAAUGAAGCUGAAUCCAAGCAAAUGUGUUUUUGGAGUAGCCUCGGGAAAGUUCUUGGGAUUCAUGGUUUCCCAGAGAGGAAUAGAAGCAAAUCCAGAGAAAGUACGAGCUAUCAUCGACAUGGCUUCACCCAAGACCGUCAAGGACGUACAAAAACUUACAGGAAGGAUAGCAGCCCUGAAUAGGUUCGUCUCUAGGGCCACAGACAAAUGCCUGCCCUUCUUCAAAACCCUCAAGCAGGCUUUUGCUUGGACUGACGAAUGCGAAGCUGCGUUCCAAGAGCUGAAGCAAUACCUGAGCAGUCCACCUCUCCUGAGCCCGUCCAAAGGAGGGGAGAACUUAUACUUAUACCUGGCAGUGUCAGCCUCGGCAGUAAGCGCAGCCUUGAUUAGAGAAGAAGGCAAGAAGCAACUCCCGGUGUACUACGUCAGCCAAGCCUUUCAAGGAGCUGAGUUCAGGUACCCAAGGAUCGAAAAGAUCGUGUUUGCACUUAUAGUAGCCUCGCGCAAGCUUAGGCCGUAUUUCCAGUCAAAUCCUAUCCUUGUGAUGACGGAUCAACCAAUUAAGAAAUCAAUGAACAAACCAGAAGCAGCAGGGAGAAUGGUCCAAUGGGCAGUCGAACUCAGCCAAUUUGAUAUCGAGUACCAUCCAAGAGCAGCUAUCAAGGCGCAAGCUCUGGCUGACUUCAUCGCUGAAUUCACUCUGCCAGACGAAGAUGGAAUUACAGACGAAGUUGAUAGAUGGACAAUACAGACAGAUAGUUCGUCAGCCCAAAAGAGAGGGGGAGUAGGGGUCGUCAUAACCACCCCCGACGGAGAAGUGAUGAAAUAUGGGGUUCAACUGAAGUUCCCAGCCACCAAUAACGAAGCGGAGUAUGAAGGAAUAUUGACGGGCUUGAGGCUUGGGAAAGCUCUUGGUGCCAAAAACUUGCUGAUCCAGAGUGAUUCAAGGCUGGUAAUCGGACAGAUCAGUGGAGAGUACGAGGCAAAGGAAGAAAGGAUGCAGAAAUACCUUAAACUGACAAGGCAACUAACUCAAGAGUUCGACACAGUGGAGUUCGUCCAAAUACCAAGAAGUCAGAAUAUUGGAGCCGACAAAGUAUCAAAACUAGCAUCAUCAGAAGAAGGGGAGACAAGCACAGAUAUGGCAAUAGAUAUCCAGAAACACCCGAGUAUUGAAGAGGUGGCGGUGUUCUCCAUCCAAAGCACAGACACCUGGAUGACGCCCAUAAUAUCCUUCCUCCAGGACGGGCACCUACCUCAAGACACUGAAGAAGCCAGAAAGAUCAAGAAGAGGGCAGCCGGAUUCACGAUCCUGAAUGAUGUCUUGUACAAGAGGGACUUCUCGAUGCCCUACUUGAAGUGCGUCGACGAGGAAGAGGCCAGAUACAUCUUGGAGGAGGCCCUAGCAACGAUCACUGAGGCUCGGAUCCAGAACUUUGUGUGGAAAAACAUAGUAUGCAGGUUCGGGAUUCCCUCGACGAUCAUAUCAGACAAUGGAAGGCAGUUCGACAGUCAAGGCUUUAGGGGAUUCUGCUCAAGCCUUGGGAUCAAGAAUCAGUUCUCAUCCCCAGGGCAUCCUCAAGCAAACGGACAGACGAAAGUGACGAACCAGACGCUGCUCAAGAUUAUCAAGACCAGACUGGACGAUGCGAAAGGUGCCUGGCCAGAAGAACUACCAAAUGUCCUAUGGGCUUACAGAACCACCGCCAGAACCCCAACGAGAGAAACCCCCUUCAGGCUUACCUAUGGUACAGAAGUAGUAAUCCCAGUCGAAGUAGGGGUCACAAGUAUCAGGCGUGGAACCUUCAACAAAGAGAUCAAUGACGACGAACUACGACUGAACCUAGAUUGUCUAGACGAAGUAAGAGUCAACGCAUCCAGCAAGAUGACGAGGUAUCAAAGGAAAAUGGCCGAAUACUAUGAAAAACGGGUCAAACUGAGACGCCUGGACAUAGGGGACCUCGUCCUACGCAGGACCACCAUGGCAACUAAAGACCCUACCCAGGGAAAGCUAGGUCCUACGUGGGAAGGUCCCUACCGAGUCAUUCACUACUCAAGACAAGGAAGUUAUCACCUGGAAACCAUGGACGGACAAAGGCUCCCUCGACCAUGGAAUAUUGAGCAUUUAAAAAAGUACCACCAGUAA